GUUACCAACUCCAGCGGUUGAGAUCAGUUGAACGUGCAAUUGCAGCUUAACGAAAUCAACGUCUGAAUUCGGUGUUGCUUGUAAUUUGUGCAACACACAAUAUACUUAUAUAUAUAUAUAUACACUCUUCUCGUUCUAUUUUUCACUGAGUUUUAUUGGAAAAAGUAGUAAAUAUUUUUGGUGCAGCGCAAUUAAAAGCGAAUCACUCAAAACGUUAAUUUUGGGAAUUUAUUUGUGGAGACUACGAAUUUUCAAACAAAAUGCUACCGCCACGGUUAAUACGAGUGGCCUUUGUGGCAUGCCUUAUUUUAGUGCUGCUCUCACAAAUAGCCGAUAGUGCGCAAACUAAAACGCGCCGACGAUUACGUCGCCCCACAUCCGCAUCUACGGCUGCUGACUCACGCAGCAAUGUUGUUGUUGCAAAACGUGCUACCCAAUCGCCAGUUGAUGAGAUCGAAAAACGUGUUGAUCAACAGUCAUCUUCGUCGUCGUCAUCCUCCACGACCACCGUGUCACGCGCACGCGGUCGUUCGAAAUCGAAGGUACGCAGUUCAAUUGGCACCAUCGCAGCUGGCACCGCUUUAGUGGCGAGCAGCUCUACUUUGAAGGGCAAAAAAACCAAAGCCGAUGAUGGUGGUAUGAAGAUCGUUUGCUAUUAUACGAAUUGGUCGCAGUAUCGUGUGAAGAUCGGAAAGUUCGUACCUGAAGAUAUACCAGCAGAUUUAUGUACACACAUCAUCUUUGCUUUUGGCUGGUUAAAGAAAGGUAAACUAAGCUCAUACGAGUCAAACGAUGAGACAAAGGAUAAUGUGCCCGGUCUCUAUGAUCGCAUGUUGACCCUGAAGAAGGCCAAUCCGAAAUUGAAGAUAUUGCUUGCAUUGGGCGGUUGGUCCUUUGGUACUCAAAAGUUUAAGGAAAUGUCCGCUACACGUUAUACUCGUCAGACAUUUAUAUACUCAGCCAUACCAUUCUUGCGUAAGCGUAAUUUCGAUGGGCUGGAUAUGGAUUGGGAAUACCCGAAGGGCUCAGAUGAUAAGAAAAACUUUGUGUUGUUGUUGAAGGAACUGCGUGAAGCUUUCGAAGCUGAGGCUCAAGAGUUGAAGAAACAACGUUUAUUGCUCUCCGCUGCCGUACCAGUAGGUCCCGAUAAUGUUCGCGGAGGAUAUGAUGUGCCAGCCGUGGCCAGUUACUUGGACUUUAUAAAUUUGAUGGCUUACGAUUUCCACGGCAAAUGGGAGCGGGAGACUGGUCACAAUGCACCGUUGUAUGCGCCCUCUACCGACUCGGAAUGGCGUAAGCAAUUGUCUGUGGACAAUGCUGCCAAUAUGUGGGUGAAAAUGGGUGCGCCAAAGGAGAAGCUUGUGAUUGGUAUGCCAACAUAUGGACGCUCAUUCACAUUGGCAAACACCGAUAAACAUGGUCCAAAUGCGCCUGCGACUGGUGGCGGCCGGGAGGGUGUCUACACUAAGGAAAGUGGUUUUCUGGCCUAUUAUGAAAUUUGCGAGCUGUUGUUAAAUGGUGCCGUCUAUGUUUGGGAUGAUGAAAUGAAAGUACCUUACAUGGUGGAUGGCGAUCAGUGGGUUGGCUUUGAUGAUGAGCGAGCUAUUCGCAAUAAGAUGCAUUGGAUUAAAUCAAAUGGAUUUGGCGGUGCUAUGGUUUGGACUAUCGAUAUGGAUGAUUUCAAGGGUGAGGUGUGCGGCGGGAAAGUAAAAUAUCCGUUAAUUGGUGCAAUGCGUGAAGAAUUGCUGGGUAUCUCGCGUGGCAAAGAAGCAAAGGAUGUAAAUUGGACUGAAGUAGCUGCCACAUUCGAUGACUUGGAAGAAGAGGAAAAACCAGAACCGAUCAAGAUUGAUGUUGAGGAACUGCUCAGUAAGGUGCGCAAACCGGUGAAGAAACAUCGCAUCAAGUCGGGACUGCUUGCUAAAGAGCAAAAUACACGCCCGGCUCAAGUAUUCUGCUACCUGACAAGUUGGUCUGCCAAACGACCAGGUGCUGGCAAGUUUUUACCCUCAAAUAUUGAUCCUAAACUCUGCACCCACGUCGUUUAUGCUUUUGCUACACUCAAAGAUCACAAGCUAAGCGAAGCAACUGAUGAUGAUCCCGAAAACUACGAGCAAGUUAUUGCUCUGCGUGAAGAGAACCCAGAUUUACAAAUUCUUUUGGCCAUCGGUGGCUGGGCUUUCGGUUCAAAACCAUUCAAAGAGCUCACCUCAAAUGUCUUCCGUAUGAACCAAUUCGUUUAUGAAGCGAUCGAUUUCCUACGCGAUUACAAAUUCAAUGGGCUCGAUGUGGACUGGGAGUAUCCACGUGGAGCUGAAGAUCGUGCUGCUUAUAUUAACCUGUUGCGUGAGUUACGUGUUGCUUUUGAAGGCGAAGCGAAAUCAUCCGGACAGCCUCGUUUGCUUUUAACUGCCGCAGUGCCUGCUUCAUUCGAAGCAAUCGCCGCCGGUUAUGAUGUGCCUGAGAUCUCGAAAUAUCUUGAUUUUAUCAACGUAAUGACCUAUGACUUUCACGGCCAAUGGGAACGUACUGUUGGACACAAUUCACCAUUAUUCCCCUUGGAGGCGACAACUGGCUAUCAAAAGAAAUUAACUGUGGACUUCAGUGCACGCGAAUGGGUGAAACAAGGUGCACCCAAAGAGAAAUUGCUCAUUGGUAUGCCGACUUACGGACGUUCAUUUGAGUUGGUCAACGAGACACAAUUCGAUAUCGGAGCGCCGGCGUCGGGUGGUGGUAAGGCGGGUAAAUUUACGAAUGAGGCCGGUUUCUUGAGCUACUACGAAGUGUGCUCGUUCUUGGCGGCGGAAAAUACGACAUUGGUGUGGGACUCUGAACAGCAGGUGCCAUUCGCCUAUCGUGAUAAUCAGUGGGUCGGUUUCGAUGAUGAACGUUCGCUAAAAACCAAGAUGGAAUGGCUGAAGGAACAAGGAUUCGGUGGCAUUAUGGUGUGGUCUAUUGAUAUGGAUGAUUUCUCGGGACGUUGCGGCGCUGGCAAGUAUCCGCUUUUGAAUUCGUUGAACGAUGAAUUAAAGGAUUACAAAGUUGAAUUGGAAUUUGAGGGUCCAUACGAAUCGCACGGUCCCCGCGGCGCCUAUACCACGAAAGAUCCUCACGAAGUGACCUGCGAAGAGGAAGAUGGGCACAUUAGUUAUCAUAAAGAUUGGAGCGACUGCACUCACUACUAUAUGUGUGAAGGUGAACGCAAACAUCAUAUGCCAUGUCCUGCCAACUUAGUUUUCAAUCCACAAGAAAAUGUGUGCGAUUGGCCCGAAAAUGUGGAGGGUUGCCACGCGCCGACAGAAGCGCCUGCCUAACCAUUUUCAAUCGCUUUGCUCUUUACAUAUACAUACAUAUAUACUAACUUAGAACAAAAAAGGAAUAAAUUUCGAACGAAAGUGAAACAACAGUGAAGAAAGGAUACAUAAACUUAUGAAAAACUUGUUAAUAUUUUGUUCUUGCUCAUUUCUAUACACAUUUGCUAUUUAGUGAGUAGUUGUUAACUUUAAAUUUUUGAGAACGCUUUAGUAAAACUGCCAACAAAAACUAACAACUAAAACUAUAAAAAUUCGAUACGCACUUUUGAAUCAAUACAAAAAUUUACAAACGAAAAAAUACUCAAAAAAAAAAAAGAAAUAUGUAUACAAAUGCACAUCGAGGCAUUUUGCAAAACAAAUGGAAAUUGUUAACGAAUUUGCAUGAAUUUUUUUCUCCAAACCAUAUGUGUAAUUGAAUGGAAAUUACCGCAUUCGAACGUGUUAACUUUUAAGUUCCCUGCUAUUAGUAUGUAGUGCCUAUUGAAUAAUUAUGUUUAUAAUACUAAAACUGCCAAUACAAACUGCCGUAUCAGAAAAUGUUUUUAUCAUUUCAAAUCUCUUUCAUUUAUCUAUUUUUCUUAUCUCUGGAUCUAAAUAUCUUGUGCUUCAGCCCAUGCUUCAAUAUUCGAACUCUUUCAUUUUGUAUUUUAAUUUUUUACAAAUUUAUAAAAACCAUCCUGUUUGUAUAUACAAAACUGUGAUAAACAUUAAAACGAUAUACUAAAUUUCAGCCUUAUUUCGCUGUGCUAAUUCGUUAAUAUGUAUCUACUAUAAUCUCUCUUCUUUUCUAUCCUUUGUAUCCUCUAUUUUGCUUUCUUGCUUACACGUUCGAAGAAUAAUGUUUUUCGAAA